AUGGCGUACCGACCCCAGAAACAAGGAGGGAGAGGGCUCAUGGACCGGGUGGAACCCCCCGCAGCCGACCUCUACGGCGAGCGUGCCGUCCAGCGCGAGAUGCUUCGUUACCAGCAAGACAACGGCUACCCGUGUGUGCUCUACCGGCGCGGCGAGCUGCACCUGCGAGACACCCCCGAACACCGGGCGCUGCGCAAGCGGUGGAAACCGCCCAUUCCCGGCCCCAUGUGGAGAAACCAUUUUACCAACCCGUUCUACGGCGCCAACCAGAUGUACGAAAUCGUCCCCUUUUCGCGCCGGGGUCUGCCUCCCCAGAAUCCAGUCGGAGCACAACAAGCGGGCGCGCCUGGGCAGAACAACCCUGGUAACCAGGCGCAGGCACCGGGGCCGCAGGUGGGUGACAGGUUCAAAGGGGGACAGCCUGUGCAUGUUCAAGAGGCGAUCGCGAGGGCGAGGGUGUUUUUGGAGACGAGCUCGGAUUUUCGGAUCAAGAAGGUGCUGGGUUGGGGUGGCAUGGGAGCGGUGUUGCUGGCUGAGUUGAGACAGCCGAGGGAAGGGCAGUCACAGAACGUGGUGAUCAAAAUGAACUUGGUCGACAGGGGUAGAGACAAUUUCAGGCAGGAGAAGCAGAAUCAUGUCCGGGUGGCCAGGGCCGCGCACGUGGUGCAGUGUCUUGUGGUGGAGGACGGCAGGCAGCAGCAAGAUAAAGACAAGAACAAAACAGGACUGGGUAUCAACAGGAAUGCACCAGCAGCAAUGAAGAGGAAGUAUGCUGGCGAUGCUGCGGACUCUGCUUUUCAGGUCGCCAAACGGACACGUUUGACAACGGGCGAAGAGGAGAAAGGACCGGGCGGUGACAGGCCGAUAGUUGCGGCGCCAGCUUCAGGGGAAUCGCCUAGAGCAGCACUCCGUGGUCCGCUUGCAAGGGCUAUCUUUGACCGAGCGAGAGAGGCCAUGCACCUUAAGGGGGCUAGCAAGCGACGCAGCGAUGGCGACCACGACAUCAACAACCAUCCAGACCUAAUGGUCAUUGAGCCGAUGUGGCGUGGUGAUUUUGACUUGUGGAUAAGAAAGAUGGCCCACUCGGGAGAGAAGUUUCAUUCCAAAGUGCUUUGGUUGAUCUUUGAGUGUUUGUUCAAGGGCGUUCUCGCCAUGGCUCAUCCCCCGCGGCACUAUCAUGAGUAUAGGGAAACUGGAGGAAGGACGGGCCCCAUUAUGGAAGAGCGAUUGCCAGAUAGAGAGGAUGUGGUCAGCUUUGAUAAGGAUAACUUUAUACACUUUGACUUAGAUCUAGCAAAUAUCCUUGUUGGAGAUUUCAAUGUUCCCACUCGAGAGUCGCAUUCGGUAACGCCAAAUAUCAAGAUAGCUGAUCUUGGCUUGGGUACGAACAUGGCCACUGAGAAAAACGAUUUCUUCAAGAUGUGGGGGUCAAGAUUCUGCGGCAAGCCAGGGGCGGGCUGGCUUUCACCGGAGCAAUUCCACCCCGAAUGGGAUUACAUCAAGUACACACCAUCCACAACCGUCAACUUCACUCCUACCAUCGCCGGCAAUUACACCUGGAAAACGAAUCUAUACUGGAUCGGUCAAGUUAUGUGGUGUCUCGUAACGCUCCACAAACCCUCCAGAAUGCCGUUUCCUUACUGGAUUACCGACCACAGACCUCCUGGCCGCCGUCGAGGUCGAGCUGAAAACCAGGGUAGAUUCUGGUCCUGGGGUGGUCUCAUCAAUCAUACGAGGUACAACCACAUUGACGAGGACCUUCGUGCCGCCAUAGUCUUAUGCAUGGCCGACAGUCCAGCCAUGCGGCCUGAGGCAAAGCAGCUUUGGGAUUGGAUUCAUGAGAAGACAUCGUCUGAAUGGGAAGGUUUGUCGGAAGAUGAGGCCCGCCAAUGGGCUGCAAGAUUUUUCGAAUCACCAGGAGUCCCAGGACCAGCAAGGCCCGCCGUCUUUGAACAGCCGGGGGAAGAGAAAGCUGAGAGUCUCGCAAAGAAUUCCAGACCUCCUUGGGGCAAGAUACCCGAGUUAGCCGGUGUGUCGCCUAGUAAACAGAGUGUCAGCACCUUCGACUUCACUUUCAAGGUUCCCGGAAAGUGGCCUAAGCUCCAGUCAACGAGGCCCGUCAAAGUCAAGAAGAAACCAGCGUUUCCAAGACCGGCACCAAAGGCCGCAGCGGACACUCCGAAUCACGAUCCUCAACAGGCCGUGCCAAACCCUCCAGAUCCUGCUCCUCAACAGGCGGAAGAGCCCCCAGCAAAGAGUCCUUUUGGGCGUCCACGCAGAAAAUCCAGUGGGGUGAAAGCGGAACAGAUAAAGGCCGCCGUUGAAGCAGUUGAGGCCAACCCAGUUCCACAAGAAAAAGCUGUUCCCGAUCUACAAGGCUCUGACCAAGAAGCAACGGUACGACCCGUAGCUCCAGUGGCUCCAACCCCAGCAGCGGCAGCAGCACCUACAAGAAGACCAACUCCAAAGGAACGCAUCCAAGCAGCAUUAGAGGGAACCGCAGCGGAACCCGCACCGGCACCUGUAAUCCCGCAACUACCACCACCCAAGGCUGGGACCAACGCGGUAGCCGGACGAGUCCGCACCUUCGUCGUGCCCUCCGACUCCACCGCGGCCACGAGCUCGACCGCAGCCGCAGCCGCAGCCAAAGUGGCAGCUGCAAUAGCACAAGCUACAUCACAAGCACGAGCGGCACGAGAGGGAGCGCCAUCAUCUUCUCCCACCAACAAACGACUGACAGCACUUGGGGCAGGCGUCCGUCUUCUUCCGCAUACCAAGUCCGGCGGCAUCCAAGGUACGCCGCUGCAACCGAAUCCUCCUCGCAAGCAAGUGAAUUUCCAGACUCCCCCUCCGAUCGCUGCAGAUGCAGUAGUGCCUUUCCUGCCUCGGGACUUGGGAUCAGCCCGAGGAAAGCCGCAAAGGCUCCUUAAUAGAGGUAUAAUUGGCCAUCAUGGGGCGGCAGCUCAGGGGCAGAGAAAGCCGGGUGGGAUGUACCGGCCGCCUCUGCAGCAUCCGAAUCAGCCGCUACAGGAGAAUCGGCCGCCGCAACAAAAUUGGUUGCCUCAGCAGGCCCAAGUACCGCAGCAGCAGCAGCAGCCUCAACAACCACCGCCACAGCAACCUCAACAACUCAAACUCCCCACAGCAUUCAUCUUGCCCAAUAACCGACCAGGCGGAUCAGCAUUACCACCCCAAAGACCACCGGGACCACCCACACCACUCGUACGCAGACUGAAUCCCACCAACCGCAAAGUGGGUGGUCAAUACGACCUCAGGGCGCGGCGGAAGAACACUGUCUUGAGGGGCCCAGGUCCAAGCCGCUUGCAACAAGCCUGGACGCCGCGGGACCUGGCCGAAGGAGGCAAAGCCGGAAGGGCAGGGAGUGGAUUGUUUGCUGGAUUAAAGCUGGGACGAAGAGUGACAGCGGUUCCACAAGCGAUUAUACAGGAGGACCACCCUGCUGGGAAAGAAGAGGAAAAGGAGGGCUUCGGGGCUGGAUCAGGAAAAUCUGAACAAAAGCUUGCAUCGUCGUCGAUACCACAAAGUAGUGUUUCUGCGGUUGGAAGGGGGCCUAGUUCGCUCAUAGUUGGUUGGGAACACUUGGAGGAAGAGCCAGCAGCCCCGUUGUCUCCACGUGAGCUAGAGAGACGCCGGCUCGAGUUUGAAAGGUUCCAGGCCAGGAAUAUGUUGUACAACGGUAGCCUACUCGGCGUAAAUUGGGAUGGUGAGGACUCGAGUGACUCGGAUGAACCAAUGGGAAGUACUGGUGAUGAGGAGGAGGACGGGAGUGAAGACGCAAUGGCGGUGUCCGAAGCGUCCACAACUAUCGGCAGGUUUGCUAGUUUCUAUUUUCGCUUUGGUGGGUUUGGACGAGGAGGAUCGAAUUCGUAA